AUGCCACCCCUCUUUAGUUACCAGCUCUACCAAAUGUCCACGUCCAUCCUCAACUUGGCACGGUCAUCCGCCUCCUGCCCGCAGGAUAUCAUCGUUGUGUCCAUGAACCAUGGUCAACAACAUGGUCAACGAGGAUUUUCGCAGCCACGUACGACACUCAACGGAGCCCAGAAGCAUCGCGCCUCACCCUUUUCUCCGCCUUUGAUGGCGCAUCCGGACGACCGCCAAACCUCCCCCGAUGCUGCUCUGUUCCUAGCCAUGGCCUCUGCCUUGUAG